AUGCCCUCCAACGACGGCGUGCUGGCAGUUGCCCGCUCCUUUCGAGUUCUCGUUAUCGGUGGCUCCUAUGGAGGUCUCUCGGCUGCUCUGAAUCUCUGGGAUCUCUCGCGAGGUCGCCUGCCUCGCUUCAACUAUGCCUACGAGGGCCCACCCCCAGCACACCGGAUUCCCAUUCAAACCACCAUUGUGGAUGAGCGCGACGGAUACUACCAUCUCAUCGGGACUCCCAAGUCUCUGGCUUGCGAAAAAAUGGCCACCGAGUCAUGGACUCGAUUCCAAGAUAUUCCCGCACUCAAGUCUCCAAAUUUCAAAAUCAUCCAAGGCAGCGUCAGCAAGGUAGAUUGUGCCGCCAAGGUCGCCCACAUCACAGAUACGACGACUAAGUCAACUAUCACCGAGCCCUAUGACUAUCUCAUCGUGGCUUCCGGCCUGCGCCGAGAGUAUCCCACCGUUCCUGAGUCUCUGCAACGGGAUGAUUUCCUCGAGGAGGCCAGGAAACACGCCGAGAAUGUUCGAAAUGCCCAAGGGGUUGUGAUUGUCGGUGGAGGCGCAGUUGGAGUGGAAAUGGCUGCAGAGCUGAAAAUGCUUGAGCCACAGCAGAAAGUGACCCUGAUUCAUUCCCGGAGUCGGCUACUCUCCUCCGAGCCAUUGCCCGAUGAGGUUGCAAAGCGUGUUUGCUCUAUUCUGCAGGAGGAAGGUGUUGAAGUGAUACUGGGCCAGCGGGUGAUUGACACCACCGCGGUUGAUGCGGAAGCUGGCCAGCGAAUGUGGCGCUUGACACUGGGUGAUAGGCAGCAGAUCAUGACAGGCCAUGUAUUGAGCGCCAUUUCGCGAUGCGUUCCCACAUCCACGUAUCUACCAGCGCAGACCUUGGACAAGGAAGGUUAUGUGAAGGUCCAUUCAUCAUUGCAAUUUUCGGGAGAUAUCCCCAAUUCAGAGCAUCAUUAUGCCGUCGGGGAUCUUGCGGCUUGGCCCGGUAUUAAACGCUGUGGAGGCGCAAUGCACAUGGGCCAUUAUGCAGCGCUGAAUAUUCAUCAACAGAUGCUGGCUGAGUGUAGUGGAGAGAAGCCCAGCUUGACGACCCUCAAUCCUUCCCCCGCCGUAAUUGGAUUGGCCCUAGGAACGAAGGCUGUCUCGUAUACACCAGACGAGGGUACACGACAUGGAGAGGAGCUCCUGGUUAGCUUGUUUGGAGAGGACAUGGCCAACACCAGUAAGUUUACUGAGACAAUCCCAUCUGUGCAGGCUAUCUGA